UCUGAAGGCUCCGGGGAAGAGCAGACGCUGUGGUCGGAUAUCUACGCGGUGCUGAGGUGGGAGCCUGGGACUUGUUGCUCGCCGACAUCUUCUCAGUGUUCACCUUGUGUCUCCUGAAAGGUGGAAGGAUCCAGAGCCCACCCAGGAACUUCCAGAAGCUGAGCUAGAAAAGUCUCUGGGGCCCCUUUACCGCCUGCGGGGCCCCUUUACCGCUGCUGGCCUGGAGGGGCCAAGGUGGCGUGGCCAGAAGCAGCUUCCCAGCGAGCCUGCACCCCAAACCCCCACUGACCAGGGAGGAGCCACUAUGUGCUCUGAGACGGGCUCCAGGUACACUGGCAUGCUGCUGUUGCCCUUGGCCAUCACUGCCAUCAUUGCCAACCUUCUGCUGUACUUUCCCAAUGGGCAGGUGCUGGAGCCUGCCAAGAUCACAGACUUGGUCUGGUUUUUCCAUGGCUUUCUUGGAGCUGGACUCUUGGUUAUGGUGCCAGCACUAAUGCUGUUGAGAGGAGGUGGAGGAGGCUGCUAUGUCCACAGAUGUGGGAUGCUGUUGCCUGUGCUUCUGGCCAUACAGGGCACGAUGGGGGCUGUGUACUGUGUGGUCAUUUCUUCCCUGGGUUUGCUCAGUGGCCCCUUCUGUGACACAGGCAGUGGAAACUACACCUACCCUUUCAGGAAUGACAGCCUGGAGGGCAGCUAUCUGUUCAACCAGCCCAGCUGGGCCACAUGCCAAAAGCCUGAGCACAUCGUCCUGUGGAACGUGGUCUUGUUCUCCAUCCUCUUAGGGAUCAGCGUGGUCGAAGCGGCGCUUUGCUUUAGCCAAGUCAUCAGCGGACUCUGUGACGUCUACUGUGGCACCUGCAUCCGGAAAGGACAGGUGAACAUAACUGGUUUAUGAGGAGCCUGAGAAAUCACAACUGAUUGGCCGGUGAAAGAUAAUCCCCAGGUUUCAGGAGGACUGGAUUUGGCGAAUGUCGAUCUCCAGAGUUCCGAGAAGCUGAGAAAAAUGCCCCUGACUUUCUUACCAGAGUAGAUUUGUAUGAAGGACAACAGUGUUGUGAACUUCAUCCACUUGGCUAGGAUCAAGAUUGGCAUUUCCUCCAAAUGAUCUCUAGACAUGAUGUAAGAAGUCAUAGGGAUGUACAAUAAUAGAAAUAAAAAAUAAUAUA